AAGAAGCACGAGCUGUUUUUCUUCGAAGAUGGCAGUACGACAUUCAUCAUCAACGGCACGCUCUAUUGCGUCCACGGCUCUGUCUUGAAGAAACACUCCCCGUAUUUCGCUGAAACUUUCUUGGUACCAGGCAUCACUACGCCUAUCGUACUGGACGACAUUGCCAUCGCGGCAGAAUUCGACAUGUUCCUCAGCAUAUUGUACCCCAGCUCCUUCUCCGCGUCCGACGUCCAAGGAGUCCUCGCCUGGAAAUCCGUCCUCCAUCUCGCCACCCAAUGGAAGUUCGUUUCCAUUCGAGAACUUGCCAUCAAGAACCUAUCUCCUAUCGCGUCCGACGUCGAUAGGGUGGUGUACGGUCAUGCGUACGAGGUGGAGGAGUGGUUGAUGCCGGGAUAUAUGGCGUUGGUGGAGAGGGAGAUGCCGAUUACACAUGAGGAGGCGAUGAGAUUGGGAAUGCGUGAUAUGGUGGAUAUUGCGGCUGCGAGGGAGGAGGUGAAGGUUGUCAUGACUCGGGCUGAGCUUCGUGCAGCGUCCGCUCCGAAUCCCUUUAGCGGGUUCGGUGGUGGUUCGUUCGGACAAACCACAACCAGCAGCCCGGCGGAUUCGAGGAAACUUCCUCCCUCUGACUUGCGAAAGAGGGUAGAGGCUCAUGUAUCACGCUCGACCAUGCGUUACCCUCAUAUUAUCGCGGACACCAGCACCUCCACGACUACUCCUCUCUCGAUGCCUGUGGUUGCGACUCCAGAGAAUAUCACGAACUGUCCCGACGACGCGACUCCUGUGGGGCACGUCCCGGGCGCCCCGGACGAAGGACUCAUUGUGCAGGAUGAACCAGAAAACCCGACUUGUGAGCCAGUAUCGAUUCCGACGUCAUAUGGUGGGAAGAAAAAUAAAUGCAAUAAAGGGAAGAAGGGCAGAUAG